AGAGCGAGGGAAGGAGACGGAGGAGAAAGCUGAAGAUCAGGCAAAGAGGAAAGAAUUCACCAAUUCACCGUGGUGAGGAAACAAGGGAGCAGAAGAAGGGGAAUAAAGAUGCAGAGAUAGAGGGCGAGAUGGAGGCGGGUGAUUGGCUGAUCCUGUAACGAGGCACAGGGGAGUCUGUGGAUCUGUCUGGCUUCCUUUAGAUUCUGCUGACGGCUGCUAAACUAAAAUCUAAGACGGCCUCAUGUCGUAAAGAUCAUUUCCACAGAGACGAGUCCGUGUGGUUGCAACAGAGAGCAGUUCUCACUGGUUUCAGAAUAUCAAGCUCCAUCUCUCUGGUGACUCAACGUACCUCCGUCCACACUACGCUCCUCUCAUGCUCGCUGAAAAUGAAUGACACACAGGACGGGGUUCAGAUUGGAGAGAACAAGUUCAUCAGCAAGGCAACCGUCCUCUCCCAUCUGAAGACGUACAAUCUCUACUAUGAAGGACAAAAUCUACAGCUCCGACACAGAGAAGAAGAGGAGGAGCUGAUUGUCGAGGGACUGCUGAAUAUCUUUUGGGGCCUGCGUCGACCAAUCAGGCUUCAGAUGCAGGAUGACCACGAGCGAAUCCGACCGCCCCCCUCUUCCACAUCCUGGCAUUCUGGGUGUAAUCUGGACAGUCAAGGUUCCCCCAACAGCACAGAUGGUGAACAGUUGUUAGAGCAGGACCCGCCCACAGUGGAGGUGACGCCACCUGACAACGAGCCGGAGGACAACGGGGAGAUGGAACAGGAGACAGACGAGGAGAACGAGAGCUCCGCCCAGCUCCUUCGAACAAAGAGCGAUGCCGGAGUCCUGAGACGAGGCCAGCGGCGCUCACCGAGCGACCAGAGGAAGAUACGACGCCAUCGCUUCUCCAUCAACGGACACUUCUACAACCAUAAGACAGCAGUGUUUACUCCUUCUUUUGGCUCAGUGACUAAUGUUCGCAUCAACAGCUGCAUGAGGACGCCUCAGGUGCUGCGAGUCCUCCUCAACAAGUUUAAAAUUGAAAACAGCCCCGAUGAUUUCGCGCUCUACCUUGUCCAUACAAGUGGAGAGCGCAUGAAGCUGAAGCGCAGUGAUUAUCCUCUGGUGCUGCGGGUGAUGCAGGGUCCAUGCGAGCAGGUCUGCAAAGUCUUCCUCAUGGAAGCCGACCUCGGGGAAGAAGUCACAUAUGAUGUGGCGCAGUAUAUCAAGUUUGAGAUGCCUGUCCUGAAGAGUUUCAUCACCAAGCUGAAGGAGGAGGAGGAUCGAGAGGUGCAGAAACUCAGGAGAAGAUAUAAUUACCUUCGUUGUAUACUAGAGAAGCAGAUCCGUUGUCCUCCAGAGGGGGCGACGUGCAUGUGAUCGGCUCGCGGUGACGACUCCCUCCAGCACAUCAAACUGUCAAAAACAUUUCCCAGAGUUCAGUAUCCUCCGCUCAGCUGUUACCACGAAUUAAGUGACAAGAAAUCAAUGUACGACUGUGAGCGAUGGUCCUGCUCCUCAGAAUUCCGGCCUCUGCAUGGAGUCAUUCAGCUCGCUGACAACACUCUGACAUGCCGUGUUGUGCGCAUGUUAACUGUGACCAUCUCAGCAACAGUCUUGAGAGUCAUGAGGACUCACGCAGCCUCUUGAUUUCGAUCCAACCAGUUUUAUAUUUCUACUUUUCUUCCUAUCGGCCAACACGCUCCUCUUCCCCUGAGUAAAGUUAGUGUCUUUGCAGUAAAAGUACUUUGCAGGUUCGGCCUAAAAUGUGACCACAGACUGAAAGCUGAUCCCGCAAAAUCAAUUCAAAGCACAAACCUCCCAUUAUGUGGAUUUAGCAAAGUGCCUGUUUUAAAGGUUUCUCCAAGCACAAAGACACAGUUUGGUAGAGAUAUGAUCAAAUUAGUGUGAUGUGCAAGACGGAAGGGAAUCACUGGGGGUUUGAUCCAGGCCGUGCUGCAGCCAGAACAUUCAGAUUCAGUUGAUAUGAAACUGACGGGACCACGAGCACAAGUUCAUGUCCUCAAAACAGCGUCCAGACCCGCGUCGCACCGUGGGCCCUUAUGCUCCUUGCUGUUUGAGAACGUGUUCAAUAUUAUGAUUGAAGGAAUUUCUAGACCCAUUCCAUUUCCCUGCAGCUGAUAGUUUCACUGCAGAGACGAUUAAAUACCAUGUGAGCCGAUAUAUGUUGUAAACAUUAGUUUUAUUGUUAAUGUUAAAUGAAUCGUUCGGCUUUUUUGGAAAAACAGCCAUUCGUUUUUCUUGUUUACACAUAUCUGACAAUACUGGUACUAACUUCAGUUAAUACAAUGAAAAAAUUAUGAAGAUGUGAUCUGCACCAAACAAGCAUGUUCCCUCACCGCUGUAGAUUAUGGUUUAUAGCCCCCGACAUCUCAGAUUUUUAUCAUUUUAAGUUAAAACAUACAGUUUUUCAACUUCGUCAAAGAAAAGAAUUGCAGCUCCUGCCGUCUUUCUAGAGACAAGGAACAAGGGGAGACACGUCCAAGGGAAACGAAAGCCACCUGUCAGCAUCUCUGUACAAAAACCAAAGUGUAUAAAAGGAUGUAACCGGCUUUAACAUGGAAAAGCAUCUUUUUUUUUACACCUUGAUUUUUGUGUUGAUUAAACAAGCACAAUAUCAUGACAGGAUCAGAGACCUUUUAAAAGUGCUGGUAGGUGGAUUAGUUUACCUUUUUUCUAAACUAAGCUAACGAAGCUAUCUCCUGGAUAUGUAGCUUCACAUGUACUAUACAGACACGAGAGUGCUACCAGUCAUUUAAUCAAACUUGCUCCAAGAAAUCAAAUGUGCACAUUUUCCAAAAAGUCAAACUGAUUCUUUAAAGAAGAAAUAAUCUUGAAAUAAUUAAUUAAUUAACUCUUUUGAGCCUCUUUGUUUUCUGGCUGGUCGGGUUUUUCCUCCCCAAACUUAACUGCCUUAAAUAAAUAAAUGACAUUUCAAGCACAGUAAAAUAAAAUUCUUAAACGGUGAAUCCUCUGAGGUGUUGAAACAGGAGCCUGGUUGUAAAAAAAACAUGUAAUAAUAUUCACAGGUGGUUUCAUCAUUCUGCUUCAUGAGAAUGACACAAAAAGCACAAAGCAACAGUGAAAUCACACAAGACUGUGAAUCAUAGUGAUGAUCUUAAAAUAGAGAAUGUUUUUAAAUGUACGCGUGACUGAGCUUUGCAUGAGUCUGCUUUUCUCUGUGCAUUGGUUGAGUGUUUCGAGCAUCAAAUCCCAUCUUACGGCAAACAGUGGACCAUGUGAUCAAGCGUGUGUGUGUGUGUGCGCGUGCUUCUGAGAGUGUGCAUGUUAUAUUUUUAGUGACUCUCAAGACUUGCCUGCUUUUGUAUUGUGACUUUUACAAAUGAAUGAAGAAACGUCCGCCUUUAAAAUGUUCCGAGGUCAAGCCACUAUGUAGAAAAUGUAGUGUUUUUUUUGUACUAUUGUUAUUUAAUAAAAAAACUAAAAAAAGGUUA